AGUAAGUCUUGCUAAGAAACGAAGGAAAGGAUAUGGAGGAGCAAUUUAUACUGAGAGUGCCCCCAGCAGUUGCCGAGAGAAUAGAGCGUCUGUUGAACGAUUCUUCUUCUUCUGAAGACAAAUCCUUGGACUUGUCAUUUUCUGAUGAUGGAAGGACUGGCAAAUUCGUAAUCGGGAAUGACAGUUUCUCCGCAUCCCUCUUGGAUCUUCCCACUGUUGUAGAGUCUUACAAAACAUAUGACGACAAUGUGUUGAUCAAAACUGCAGAUAUUGGCCAGAUGAUAAUGGUGAGAGAGGAGGGUGACAGUGCAGAAACAGGGGAGUACAGGCAUGGGCUUACUCCACCAAUGAGGGAUGCUCGAAGGCGAAGAUUUAGGCGGGAGCCUGACUUAAAUCCGGAGCUUGUCCGUCGUGUCGAGAAAGAUUUGCAAAACAUCAUGGCUGAAGAGUUUGAUGCCACUAAUACUGGUAAGAAUGUGGUUUCAACAUCUUCAGCAAAGCCAGAUGUGCCUGAAACUGGAAUGGUAGGUGGGGAGCCUGACUCUGAUGGGAGUGAUUCAGAUGAGACUGAUGACUCUAUAAACGAAGGAAAGGAUAUGGAGGAGCAAUUUAUACUGAGAGUGCCCCCAGCCGUUGCUGAGAGAAUAGAGCGUCUGUUGAACGAUUCUUCUUCUUCUGAAGACAAAUCCUUGGACUUGUCAUUUUCUGAUGAUGGAAGGACUGGCAAAUUCGUAAUCGGGAAUGACAGUUUCUCCGCAUCCCUCUUGGAUCUUCCCACUGUUGUAGAGUCUUACAAAACAUAUGACGACAAUGUGUUGAUCAAAACUGCAGAUAUUGGCCAGAUGAUAAUGGUGAGAGAGGAGGGUGACAGUGCAGAAACAGGGGAGUACAGGCAUGGGCUUACUCCACCAAUGAGGGAUGCUCGAAGGCGAAGAUUUAGGCGGGAGCCUGACUUAAAUCCGGAGCUUGUCCGUCGUGUCGAGAAAGAUUUGCAAAACAUCAUGGCUGAAGAGUUUGAUGCCACUAAUACUGGUAAGAAUGUGGUUUCAACAUCUUCAGCAAAGCCAGAUGUGCCUGAAACUGGAAUGGUAGGUGGGGAGCCUGAGCCUGAUGGGAGUGAUUCAGAUGAGACUGAUGACUCUAUG